UGGAAGUCUUUGCAUAUCAAACCCCACAACCAAAUCCACAAGAAUCAAUGGAAAAAAACGGCACAUCACUGGCCAUGACCAACUCCAAUACUGAUAUUGAUCAAGAAGAAGAACAGAGAACCAACAACAAAACAGGGAAGCCAUACUUCAUCCUCUUAGGGCUUAAUUAUGCUUUUCUCUUUGUGGGUUCAAUCUCAUCAAGCUUGCUCUCAAAGUACUAUUUCAUUCAUGGUGGUUCAAGCAAGUGGGUCUCAACAUGGGUUCAAUGUGCUGGUUUUCCUCUCCUUUUACCACCCAUCUAUGCUCCUUAUUACCUUCUCAAAUGCACUAAUAGAAGACCCUUCUCAUCUUUCACACCCAGAAUUCUAAUCUUGUCAAUCUUUGUUGGUCUAAUGUUGGGUCUAAACAAUCUUCUGUUUUCAUGGGGAAAUUCUUAUUUACCAGUCUCAACAUCUUCUCUCCUCUUAGCAUCCCAAUUAGUCUUCAAUCUUAUCUUAUCUGUUAUCAUUGUGAAACAAAAGAUCACAUUUUUGAAUCUCAAUUGUGUGAUCCUCUUGACGGUGAGUUCAGUCCUUAUUGGGUUGGACUCCGAUCACAACAAGCCACCCGGGUUGACCCAACUCAAGUACUACAUCGGCUUCUUUUGCACGAUCGGUGCCGGCUUGUUAUUCGCUCUGUAUUUGCCAGUCAUGGAGAAAAUUUACAAGAAGGUGACUUGCUAUUCAAUGGUGAUGGAAAUGCAGCUGGUGAUGGAGAUUGCGGCGACGGUGUUGGCCACCGUGGGGAUGUCAUCGGACGGUGGGUUUACUGAGUUGAGAACAGAGAGUGAUCGGGUAUUCGAUAAAGGACCCGGAUUGUACUGGGUCACGGUGGGGUUCAAUGUGGUGACGUGGCAGAUUUGCUUCAUGGGUACAGCAGGGAUGGUGUAUUUGACUUCAUCGUUGACUGGAGGGAUUUGUUCAACAGCUAUUUUGGGUAUGAAUGUGUUGGGAGGGGUAUUGGUGUAUAGAGACCCAAUUGGGGGUGUUAAGGCUGUGGCUACUGUGGUGUGUCUUUGGGGGUUUUGCUCAUAUGUUUAUGGCAUGUAUGUGAAAAUGAGGAAAGAAGAGGAGGAGGAGGGGGGAGUGAGAGAGAUUGAGAAUAAGAAGAGUUUGGACAUGGAGAUGGAGAUUGGUGGUCCUACAACAUUGGCAGAGAAUGUUUGAUCAUGGUGGUUCAAUUUCUCUUUCUUUUCUUUGUUUUUCUUGUCAUGGCAUGGUAUGUGUGUGUCUCUAUAUGACUCAAUGUAGUAGUGUUUAUUAAUAUCUCAUGCAAUUGAAUUAGCUUCUUGGGUUUAGUUGAAG